CUGAGCAUCGGUAUGAAGCACCCUCUCGAACCUGUAAACCCUUGUACAGACUGGUAACCCGGAGCACCUGAAGAGCCUUAACAAACAUUCAGCAUAAGCCAGGAAUAGAUCAUUUCAGAGACAAUCCUAACGGAGCCUUAACCACAGUGAAUUCCUGUUGAGCCUCAGCCAAUUCACAUUUCCUUUUUCUACGUUGUGGUUGUCGCCACAGUUCAAAGACCCUUACAGUACCCCUCAGAGGGGAGAUGCCAGUCUUGCUUAAUGCCGAUGCUUCCUUCAGCUCCAAGCAGGAGCUCCUAGACCUGCAGGACUGCCCUCUACGCGGGGGUCCCUGUCUGGAUACUCCGAGCCCCCCAGAAUCCCAGAUAGGUAGCCCGAUAGGCUCAGGGCCCAGAAGUCCUGGAAGCCCCGGAACUGAUGGCCCCAUUCGGCCCCAUAUUUUCACUGGAGCUUCCUCGCUCCCAGGGCAGCGAUACGGGCUGGACACAAGACCCCAUGCAGAGACUCCCAUGGGGUUAAAGCUGAUCUCCACUGACUCAGAUCAGCUGUGCGGCUGGGGGGCUCUGACACCCAAAGCUAUCCAAGUUUUCAACACCCCUCGUUGGGUGCUGUUCUUCCUUUGUGUGGCCUCUUUCCUCCAGGGGAUGAUAAUCAACGGCUUCAUUAACACAGUGGUCACCUCCAUCGAGAGGCGGUUUGACCUGCGCAGCUACCAGGCCGGACUCAUCGCCAGCUCUUAUGACAUCGCUGCCUGUGUCUGCCUGGCCUUCGUCAGCUACUUCGGUGGGACUGGACACAAGCCUCGCUGGCUGGGAUGGGGGGUGCUGAUCAUGGCACUCGGCUCUCUUGUGUUUGCCUUGCCUCACUUCACCACACCCAGUUACCAGGUUACCAUGCCCGAGAAAACAGGAAUGUGCUCUGCCAACCGUACUAGUCCGUGCCAGGACAAGGAGGGCGGAGGAUUAUCCAGCUAUCGUUUUGUGUUCAUGCUGGGUCAGUUUCUGCAUGGUGUGGGUGCUACACCUCUUUACACGUUAGGGGUCACGUACCUGGAUGAGAACGUCAAGUCCAACUAUGCGCCUGUUUAUAUUGGUGAGUGAUAUCAGUCAAGUCAUUUUUUAGCAAAGGGGUUUAUCUUCGUAUUGAAGUAGCAAUCAAUUAGCAAGAGU